AUGAGUUGCAAAAUCAAAGCGCUGAGGGCCAAGACCAACACCUACAUCAAGACGCCGGUGCGGGGGGAGGAGCCGCUCUUCGUGGUAACGGGCCGGAAGGAGGACGUGGCCAUGGCCCGGCGGGAGAUCAUCUCGGCGGCCGAGCACUUCUCCAUGAUCCGCGCCUCCCGCAACAAGAGCACCGUCUCCAACGGCUCGGUGCCCAGCCCGCCCAACCUGCCGGGCCAGACCACCAUCCAGGUGCGGGUGCCGUACCGGGUGGUGGGCUUGGUGGUGGGGCCCAAAGGCGCCACCAUCAAGCGCAUCCAGCAGCAGACGCACACCUACAUCGUCACGCCCAGCCGGGACAAAGAGCCGGUCUUCGAAGUCACCGGCAUGCCGGAGAACGUGGACCGCGCCCGGGAGGAGAUCGAAGCGCACAUCGCCAUGCGGACCGGCGGCCUGAUCGAGCUGACCGACGACAACGACUUCCACGCCAACGGCACCGACGUGGGCUUCGAGCUGGGCGGAGGGGGCGCCGGCAGCCUCUGGAGCAAGUCCUCCAGCAGCAUCACCCCGACGCCGGUCCGCAAGCCCUUCUGCAGCUACCGCAACGACAGCUCCAGCUCGCUGGGCAGCGCCUCCACCGACUCCUACUUCGGAGGCGGAGGCGGCGGCACCCGCUUGGCCGAUUACAGCCCUCCCAGCCCGGCCUUCCCGCACAACGGCGGCCCCGCCAGCAACGGCUACGGCGGCGGAGGAGGGGGCGUCUACGGGGGCCCCGCCGAAGGCCUGGCCUCGCCCGAUUGCCCUUCCGCCGAGCUGCCGGCCUUCGAUUCCCCGCCGGGAUUCGAUCUGGCCCCGGCUCCGCCGCCGCUGUUGUGGUCGCAGUACGAGCGCAGCCUGGCUUCGCCCAACAACGCCGCCGGCGCCGCCGCCGCCCACCUGGCCCUGCUGGGGGAAAACUACGAUGCUGCAAACUGUGUGAAGGAGAUGUAUUGGUGGAUCUGCCCUUCCUGGAAGAUCUUGUCCAUGAAUAUGGCAGUCCUGGAUAGCACAUGCCGGAAAAUAUUUCAAGCUGUUGACUGCCAGGAGCUAAUUUUUAGAUGCAGUUUUGAAACAUAG